ACCGGCUAUUCUCUCACUUAUCUCUCUUUCUCCCUUCCACGCACUUAUUUUUUAGCAUUUUUUAUUUUCUUUUAAAUUUUCGUUUUAUUUUUGUUGGGUCUACAAUGGCGGGUCGGGGCAAAACUCUCGGAUCCGGAGCGUCCAAGAAGGCGACAUCGAGGAGUAGCAAGGCCGGGCUUCAGUUUCCCGUGGGUCGUAUCGCUCGGUUCCUUAAGGCGGGGAAAUAUGCAGAGCGGGUAGGAGCUGGAGCUCCUGUUUACCUCGCCGCCGUUCUUGAAUAUCUUGCCGCUGAGGUUCUUGAGCUUGCCGGUAAUGCAGCCAGAGACAACAAGAAAACCAGAAUUGUGCCACGUCACAUCCAGCUCGCCGUAAGAAACGAUGAGGAGCUGAGCAAGCUACUCGGAGACGUAACAAUUGCCAAUGGUGGUGUGAUGCCCAACAUCCACAACCUCCUUCUCCCCAAGAAAACCGGAACCUCCUCCAAGGCUUCCGGAGCUGAUGAAGAUUAGAUCAGAUUAGUUUAGAUUCUGAAAGCCAGAGAGCAACCGUCCACUCGCUUUGUUGAUGUGAUUCUGAGAUUUAAUGGUCUUGGAUUUUAGCUUUGCUUGUUGUUCUAUUAGUUUUUUGAGCUUAGGGUUUGAAGAAGAAUUUUAAUGUCUUUUAUGGAAUUGUAGUUUGUUGACAGUGUUUAGUUAGUAGGUAGCUUAGGGUUUUUAGUUUAAUGUGAAUAUAAUCAAUCAUCAAUCAUUAUCUUCUACUUGCUUAAUAGAAGAGUUGUGACCCAUUUUUUUUC